GCGGCGCCGAGCUCCAAGUCACGUGCCAGGCUGGACGUGAGCUACGUGAGCCUGGUCCGCCCAUCAUGAUGGAUGCGCAAGCUACAGAGUUUCUCUAACUACACAGCUACGACUAUUUCCAUCCCUUCACCGUUCUUGAACCAUCAAAAUCAUCUAUAGAGCUUUGUUUUCUGUUAAUUCCUCGCACACAGGCAUUCGCAAUGGGAGACGUCGCGGUGGAGAACGCGGCGAAUAGCGUCACUUCUUACACGAAGCCAGCUCCCUUGGACACAAUCCCCAACAUAGACUCCCUUGAGGGCACAGGGACCGAUGGCGGUGAUGAAUAUGCUACUUUGAAGAAACUACAGAGACACUUGGAGUACAUCCAACUCCAGGAGGAAUACAUUAAGGAUGAGCAAAGGAGCCUAAAGAGGGAGCUUGUUCGUGCGCAGGAGGAAAUUAAACGGAUACAGAGCGUGCCCUUGGUUAUCGGCCAGUUUAUGGAAGCGAUCGAUCAAAACACUGGUAUUGUCCAGUCUUCCACCGGAUCGAAUUACGUCGUUCGAAUUCUCUCCACCCUUGACCGCGAAAAGCUGAAGCCAUCCUCCUCGGUUGCCCUGCACCGCCAUUCCAAUGCUCUUGUCGACAUCCUCCCCCCGGAGGCAGACUCUUCUAUUGCUAUGCUUGGGGAAAGUGAAAAACCAGAUGUUACAUACGCGGAUGUUGGUGGACUAGAUAUGCAAAAGCAAGAAAUCAGAGAGGCUGUUGAACUGCCUUUGACCCACUUCGAUCUUUACAGACAAAUCGGUAUCGAUCCUCCACGCGGUGUUCUCCUAUACGGUCCUCCUGGAACCGGAAAGACCAUGUUGGUGAAAGCAGUUGCGAACAGUACUACCGCUAGCUUUAUCCGAGUGAACGGCUCAGAAUUUGUUCAGAAGUACUUGGGAGAAGGUCCUCGCAUGGUUCGCGAUGUGUUCAGGAUGGCCCGGGAGAACUCGCCUGCAAUCAUUUUCAUUGAUGAAAUUGAUGCUAUCGCCACGAAGCGUUUCGAUGCACAGACCGGCGCUGACCGUGAAGUCCAGCGUAUCCUGCUUGAACUUCUCAACCAGAUGGACGGUUUCGAACAGUCUAGCAACGUGAAAGUCAUUAUGGCCACUAACCGAGCAGAUACCCUGGAUCCCGCUCUGUUGCGUCCUGGUCGUCUGGACCGAAAGAUCGAAUUCCCAUCUCUUCGUGAUAGGCGAGAACGCCGUUUGAUCUUUACUACGAUCGCUUCUAAGAUGUCGUUGUCCCCCGAAGUUGACCUGGACUCGCUGAUUGUGCGCAAUGAGCCCUUGUCGGGCGCCGUUAUUGCUGCUAUCAUGCAGGAAGCUGGUCUCCGUGCAGUCCGAAAGAACCGAUACAACAUCAUCCAAUCUGAUCUCGAGGACGCUUAUGCUGCUCAAGUUAAAACCGGACAGGAAGCAGACAGACUUGAAUUCUACCGGUAAACUAGGAAUGAUUUUAUUGUUCAUGAGAUGGGAGAUGGGACUGCGGAUAGCGAACAGGUAGCAAUAAGUUGUAUCACGAAGAUCUUGGCUAGCAUAUAGGUACUAGUGCAAUAGUUGAUAUUCGAGGGUACCGCUACCGUGCUCAGAAUCUGUAUUAUGUCUUCGUAAUACAAGCCCCCAUGCCAUCGCAUGUUCUGGUUUAGAUAGGCUCCAUGAGUAGAGAAAAAGAACCUCUACUAACGAUCCAUUGAAUCCCGAUGUAAGGGUGCUAAUGCGUCUGAUAGCUAACAUUUACUCUUUGC